UAACUGAAAAUCCCGAUUGGAAUCGAUAACCUUUUUCAUUCAACUAUCAUCCGGUUCAAAGAAAAUAAAAUUUGCAAAUUUUCAUUUUUGAGUUUUUCCUCUUUUCCCAAAAUUUUAGCUGAAUUUGACCUAAAUUUCGUUUCUUCUUCUCACUGAACAUUCCGGCAAACCCUCCACCGUCACGCCGUUCUCCUCCGGCACGUCAACGUCCCUCAUUUCCGGCUCACCUCUUCUUCGUUUCAUCUGCUUCACAGUUCGCAUAGGUUCUUUUUCUGCACGUCCCUCCGCCACACCGAAACAUCCUUCACCUUCGCAAGAACAGCUUUAAGCAUGGAUCCAGAAGCUGCGAGAAGUGCACGAGAAUCUUUGGACCUGGCAUUUCACAUGUCCAAUAUACUCGACACGGGUUUAGACCGUCAUGCGCUUUCUAUUCUCAUUGCUCUCUGUGAUCUCGGGGUCAAUCCUGAAGCACUUGCUGCUAUUGUCAAGGAACUUAGAAAGGAGAGGCUCCAAGUGUCAUCAUUGCGUCCUACACCUCCUUCUUAAUGCUGCAUGUGUUUUGUUAGUCCUCUCUCCGAAAUUGUUUUGUGGAAGGUAUUUUUUAUGCUUACAUUUGAAUUAUUGUGUUGUAUGGAAAGGGGGAUACACGAAUCAAAAAGGUUGGUUUAUCAAGAAAUGUUGAUUGUUUUGGGAGCAUUGUAGAUAACCGGAACAAUGGAAGAAUAGUUCAGGUGUAUAAGAUUUCUGCCUCAUAGAAGUACUUGUUGUGUUUUGUUCUUUUUGUUACUUGAAGACUGUUUGUUUAUAAAAGCUAUUGUCUAACUUUAUUGUAAGAUUGGUUUAUCUUGGAAGCAAUAUGUGUUUUAGUAAGGUUUCCUAGUAAUGAGGUGCCUGCCAAAUGUAUUUUUUUUUACAUCUAUGAAACGAGGAAUUCCUUCCUUUCU